CAGUGUGACAGUGUAUUUCCGUGCGGCGAGCAGCUCCUCAGCCUGACAGAUGCAGCAGCAGACCGACGACAUGGAGGGGUCCAUGGAGUCCCCGAACCUGGAGUUUGAAUAUGGGGACACGGACAGCUUCACUGCAGAGCUCUCAGAGCUGUACAGCUACACAGAGGAACCGGAGUUCAGUCUAAACAGGGAUUACUUUGAGGAAGACUUCAAGAAUCAUGUGAAGGGCCGGAGGUGGAUGGAGUUGAGUAUGGAGGAGCAGAGGGCAUAUGUCAUGAGACUGCUGGAUGCUCUGGAGGUCACCGAUCGAGACAAGAGGCUCAAAGUAGCCCGAGCCAUCCUCUAUUUGGCACAAGGUGUGUUUGAUGAGUGCGACACAGAAACUGACGUCCUCUACUGGUCCCGACACAACGUCUUCCUCCUGUACGACAUGGGCAUCUUCACGGCUCUGCUGGAGCUCCUCAGCAUGGAGAUAGAUAAUAACCAGGCAUGCAGCAGUGCAGUGAGAAAACCAGCCAUUUCUCUGGCAGACAGCACUGAACUCAGGGUUCUUCUGAGCAUCAUGUAUCUGAUGGUUGAGACCAUUCGUGUGGAAAUGGAGGGUGACAGUCCUGAGAGGAAGGCAGCCAGAGAGGCCUUCAAAACAGAGUUGGGAUCACCCCUUUAUAACGGAGAGCCCUUUGCCCUCCUCCUCUUCACCAUGGUAACCAAGUUCUGCAGCAUGAAUGCGCCCCAUUUCCCAAUGAAGAAAGUGCUGCUCUUACUGUGGAAGACCAUACUGUUCACUCUGGGAGGUUUCGAGGAGCUGCAGGAGAUGAAGGUGAGAAUGAGAGAACUUUUGAACCUGCCACCGCUCCCUGAGGACAGCAUUAAGGUGGUGCGAAACAUGCGGGCCGCAUCUCCUCCUGCCUCGGCCAUGGAGCUCAUCGAGCAACAGCAGCAGCAGAAGAGAGGACGCAGGAGUCGUCGGAGUGCCUUUGUUGAUAGCUUGGAAGGAGACAGUCCAUAUGCCAAGAAACAGCCCCUGGUCAAGCAGGACAGCCUAGACACUUACAACGAACAGGACCCUUUCAAAAACGAUGAUGCACGGGAUGAGGAAGAUGACCCAGAGGAUGUGGACAGUGGCAUCGAGGGAGAGGUCGACCCUCUCGACAGAGAUGUUAUUAUCCAACCGCCACCACCACCACCACCACUGCGGCCGCCAACGGAGAGAGUGUCCUUCCCCAAGGGACUGCCAUGGGCUCCCAAAGUCAGAGAGAAAGACAUCGAGCACUUUCUGGAGACCAGCAGAAAUAAAUUUAUCGGCUUUACCUUGGGAAAUGACACUGACACUUUGGUUGGGCUACCCAGGCCCAUACAUGAGAGUGUAAAGACUUUGAAACAGCACAAGUAUGUCUCCAUAGCGGAGGUCCAGAUCAAGAGAGAGGAGGAGCUGCAGCAGUGUCCCAUGACUAUGGGGGAGGAGGAGGUAGAGGAAACACCUGCAGAGAUUCUAUAUUUGGGAAUGUUGCCUAGUCUCUCUCAGUAUGUAAUUGCUCUACUGAAGCUGCUUCUGGCUGCAGCUCCAACCUCCAAAGCAAAGACAGACUCUAUCAACAUCCUAGCCGACGUUCUGCCGGAGGAGAUGCCAAUCACCGUCCUCCAGAGCAUGAAGCUGGGCAUUGAUGUGAACAGACACAAGGAGAUUAUCGUCAAAGCGACUGCAGCUCUCCUACUACUGCUGCUCAAGCACUUCAAACUCAACCACAUAUACCAGUUUGAAUAUGUGGCUCAGCACCUGGUGUUUGCCAACUGCAUCCCGCUCAUCCUCAAAUUCUUCAACCAGAACAUUAUGUCUUACAUCAGUGCCAAAAACAGCAUUUGUGCCCUGGAUUUCCCUCAUUGUGUGGUUCAUGAAAUGCCUGAACUCACAGCUGAAAGCCUGGAAGCUGGUGACAGUAAUCAGUUUUGCUGGCGUAAUCUCUUCUCCUGCAUCAACUUACUGAGGAUCCUAAACAAAAUUACCAAGUGGAAACACUCAAGAACUAUGAUGCUCGUGGUGUUCAAGUCUGCUCCCAUCCUGAAGAGGGCGCUCAAGGUCAAACAGGCCAUGAUGCAGCUCUACGUCCUCAAACUCCUCAAGAUACAGACCAAGUAUCUGGGCCGCCAGUGGAGAAAGAGUAACAUGAAAACCAUGUCUGCCAUCUACCAGAAAGUCAGACAUCGGCUCAAUGACGACUGGGCAUAUGGGAAUGAUAUCGAUGCUCGGCCGUGGGAUUUCCAGGCGGAGGAGUGCGCACUACGCGAGAGCAUUGAGAAAUUCAAUAUGCGUCGUUACGAUAAGAAUCAGAACAGUGAGUUUACACCAGUAGACAACUGCCUUCAAAGCGUUUUAGGCCAGCGCGUCGACUUGCCCGAAGACUUCCAUUACAGCUAUGAGAUGUGGCUUGAAAGAGAGGUUUUCUCCCAACCUAUUCAGUGGGAAGGUCUGCUACAAGCCCAGUGAUCCUGUUGUGAUUAUUAUGGGACUUUUGUUUCUUAUUAAACCGACACAAUUACUGUGGAAUCACGCAAAUACUCAAAGCACUGAGGGUC